CCGGAUGUUGAUCAUUAUUUACAGGCGGUGAGAAUGGCGGACAUGGAAGAGCUGUUCGGUAGUGAUGGCGAUAGCGACAAUGAGCAACAAGAUUCCGGCUCUGGUUCUGGCUCUGAUUCGGAGCAUGAGAGACCCAGAUCUGCCAGCAACGCCUCUGGCAGCGAGAGUGACCGAGAUCAUGACGAAGAUGAGGAUGAAGAUGGGGGAAAGCCAAGCAAUAAAGAGCUUUCUCUUGUGCAGUCAAUGAAGGGCAGUGACAGCGAGGAGGAAUUCACUCACAAGAAAAAGAAAAAAAUAGCUUCAGACUUCGACUCCGAUUCUGACCCUGAAACAUCGGGCAGCCAAUCAGAACGAUCCGGCAACCAAUCAGAUGCGAGUAUGCACUCGGACAACGAACACAGCGGUUCAGAGGGCCAUCACGAGGAGGAGGAUGAUGACGAUGAGAGGGGCCACAGAUCAGAUGUGGGGAGUCCAGCCUCAGGAGCAGGAAGUCACAGGUCUGAGAGAGGAAGUGGAAGUCCAGUGUCAGAGGCGGGCAGCCCACGCUCAGAAGCAGGAAGUGGGCAUGCAAACUCAAGUAAUUAUAGUUACGAUGAGAGGGGCCACAGAUCAGAUGUGGGGAGUACAGCCUCAGGAGCAGGAAGCCACAGGUCUGACAGAGGAAGUGGAAGUCCAGGGUCAGAGGCGGGCAGCCCACGCUCAGAAGCAGGAAGUGGGCAUUCAGAUCCCGGCACACCUCAUUCAGACAGAGAGGGGUCAGGGAAAGAAAUCCAUUCCGGAGAUGAGAAGUGGGGUGGAAAAAGUGACCAAUCAGAGGACGAGGACAAACAGCAGAACUCAGAUGAUGAGAGGGAUCAUUCUGACGAUGAAGGGGAGAGACAAAAAUCAGGUGAGGUAGAUUGGAAUGCUCAAGAUGCUGAGGACGGUCUGGAGGGAGAUCAGCCCGAGGAGGAGCCGGUUACAGAGACGAGGAUUGAGGUGGAGAUUCCUAAAGUCAGCACAGAUCUGGGCAGUGAGCUCUUCUUCGUCAAAUUACCCAACUUUCUCAGUGUGGAGCCCAGGCCGUUUGACCCUCAGUACUACGAGGAUGAGUUUGAGGAUGAGGAGAUGUUAGAUGAGGAAGGACGGACCCGUUUAAAGCUGAAGGUGGAAAACACCAUCAGGUGGCGCACUCGGCGCGAUGAGGAAGGCAGUGAAAUCAAGGACAGCAACGCACGAAUCGUUAAAUGGUCAGAUGGCAGCAUGUCUCUGCACCUGGGGAAUGAGGUGUUUGACGUGUAUAAAGCUCCACUGCAGGGUGACCACAACCACCUGUUCAUCCGCCAGGGUACAGGACUGCAGGGUCAGGCUGUGUUCAAGACCAAGCUCACCUUCAGACCUCACUCCACAGACAGCGCCACACACAGGAAGAUGACCCUCUCUCUCGCUGACCGCUGCUCAAAGACACAGAAGAUCCGAAUUCUGCCCAUGGCCGGCAGAGACCCAGAAUCCCAGAGAAAUGAGAUGAUAAAGAAAGAAGAGGAGCGGUUACGUGCAUCUAUCCGUCGUGAAUCUCAGCAGAGGCGCAUGAGAGAGAAACAGCAUCAGCGAGGUCUGAAUGCCGGGUACCUGGAGCCAGAUCGCUAUGACGAGGAUGAGGAGGGUGAAGAAUCCAUCAGCCUGGCCGCCAUCAAGAGCAAAUAUAAGGGUGGAGGUCUGAGGGAGGAGCGAGCCAGGAUCUAUUCUUCAGACAGCGAUGAAGGUUCUGACGAAGACAAGGCCCAGCGGCUGAUGAAGGCCAAGAGACUGGACAGUGAUGAGGAGGGAGAGAACUCUGGAAAGCGGAAGGCAGAGGAAGAUGAGGAAUCUGCUGCUAAGAAACCCAAAAAAUAUGUCAUCAGUGAUGAAGAGGAGGAGGAAGACGAGUGAUUUUUCUUUGUUUUUUUUAUCGUUUUGUGAUUGGUUAAUCAGAAUAAACUAGGUGGUUAAUCCAGAAAAA